UGUAGUUCUUGAGACGGUUGAGGGGCUCGAAUACUAGACGAAAAUGAGCGGGCAUGGUAAACGAUUCAUUUAUUUCUGUGGAAGUAUUCGUGGAGGGAGAGACGAUGCAGCUCUAUACAAGCGUAUCAUAGAUCAACUGAAACAAUACGGUGAUGUUUUGACAGAACAUAUUGCUGAUCCCAACUUGCUAGACAAAGAACAAGGUUUGUCACGAGAAACAGUCAAUAAUUUAGUCCUAAUAUGACAAUUCUAAAUCGAGUGAAGCCAUGAUCCUUGCCGGUGAGCAGCAAUUUUAGAAGUUGCAGAAAAGACGACUUAAAAAAAAUUCAAGCUUCGAGGGAAUUCGAAACCGUGCGCAUGACUAGCAGAUACUAGUUGGGUGCGACACAUGGUUGGCCGCUACUACCAACUGUGUACAGUUAAGCUGCCAAGCCACACGUUGGGACCGUAGCAUAUCAUUGGGGGUUCUUUUCCGUGUUCUAAAGCGCACAAGCAUUAAGUAUCGUAGAGAUUAUGCAGCAUAGCUGGUUAGAGAUCAGAAGAAGAACUUGAUUCCUCCUGGAACAGAGCCAACUUCUCAGGAAUGUUAACCAAAUCUAUGCAUGUUCAGUUGAGAGAGUGCAACGUUUCUUUCGUGGGACAUGUUACAAGAAAAAGAGGAUCUUUUUAGAAAAGAUCUUCAUGGGAAACUCCAUAUCUGAUUGGUUGAAUUGCAAAUACUGUAAGGAACGAAUUGUUUGAUCAUUUAGCUAAAACAAAAUGAUUGCAAACUUGGCAACUUGUUCAUCAUUCAGAAGAAUUUGUGACUUGACUGAUGUUUGGCAGAAGUUAAAUUUUCCCCAGCAUAUUUUUAUUUUUAAUUUUCCUGUCUCACCUGAUUUUAAUAAAUGUAUCCCAACAAAGAAGUUCCUUUGGCCACACAUGAAAAACAGCUGUUAAAAAUAAACUGCCAUAGCUUUUGGCCUUAACCCUUCCUCAGUGAAUACAUUUUAGGCUUUUCUGUUGAAGUUUAUAACACGGCAGUGUGAGAAAGUGUUUCCAUGUAGCCACAGAUUGCCUCUUUUACCUGCACUCAGCUGGAUGAUUAGAAAAGGAAAGGUUUCUCAUACUCAGUCAGUACCUAGUCAGUGCACUAAUUAAGUUGUCAUUCAUUUUUUCAUUUUACUUUAAGCUUUAUACUAAAUGAACUACAUUUUUUAUUGGAUAUCUUUAGGUAGUGACAAGUUUAUUCAUGACCGUGACAUGGCCUGGUUGGAAAAGUCUGAUGGUAAAUUGCAUACAGUUUGACUUACUAGUUCUAAGUAAUAAUUCUCCAUUCUAUCAAUCAUGUAUUUCUUAUGAAUGUCAGUUCUGAGGGUUUGGUGUCAAAUCAAAUGAUAUUUCCUUGGUGUUAUUUUCCAAUCUGCUUGAAAGUUGUAUUGAUAGAGUAUUGAUAUCAUGUGGGAAAUGACUUCUUGGUCAACCCUGGAAUUGAAAAAGUUUUUUAAAUCCAUCUAUUGUCCCUCUGGUUCACAAACACACACAUAUUAUGUUGAUACUCUUCUACAAAGUCAAAUUGAUGGUCAACUUGUCUUUAUGAAAAUAAAAGUUGUUUCUUUUUCUUCAGCAUUAGUUGCAGAAGUCACUCAGCCUUCCUUGGGAGUUGGAUAUGAAAUAGGGAGAGCAUUUGAGAAGAAAAAGAAGAUUCUUUGUCUGUUUAGACCUGACAGUGGAAAACGUAGGUUUGCAUGUCAACCAAAUGUGUUAUUCUGAGCCACACUAUAAAUGUCAUAGAUAGUGCUUGAUUGAUUUAGGUUGUUGAUCCCAGCAAUAUUGCUGUCACACCUCAAAAUUGGUGCUGGUAAAUGCUUCAGCAGCCUCAUUCCCUCCAACCCUGCAUAUCUCUCUUACCCUACUCUUAGGCUACUCCUACCACACCCCAGCUGCUGACCCCUGAUUCCCCUUUUCCCCUUUUCCCCUGACCCCUCUCUUGCUGUAUCCAGGCAACAACUGCUCUGUACUCCCCCAUGCUUGACAGACUUUGUAGCAUCUGUUUUUAAACUGUUGGGCUAGUUAUGCUGUCUAAGGAACUUUUGUCCAAAAAUCCAAAUUCUCAAGCUUGCACAACAUGCAACUGACCAAUGAAAUAAUGAUAUUUGACCAUUCAAUUUAAAUGGUAUUGCCUAGAAAACUCAUAGUCUGAAGUUACAGAAACAUCCAGCUGACCAAUCAAAUAGUGGUAUUUUUACCAGAAUAGGUAAUUAGUAUUUUUUUCUUGCUUAUAGAUCUUUCUGCCAUGAUCGGGGGAGCAAUUGGAGAAAACGUGCAAGUGAAGAAUUAUAAAGAGGAAGAUGUUCCUGAAAUCCUUAAAGAGUUUUUUUCUACUAUUUAAUAUUCAGCACAGAGUUGCUCAGACAGUGGAGUUUUAUUGUCUAUUUUUGUUUUUUAUUUACUUUUUGUGCCUCAGUACAAUUUAAGAAAUUUAUUGGGCAUAAAAAUUGUGCGAAUUUUGUAGUUUGUCUUCAAUCUAAAAGUAUAAGUUCUCUCUAAAUAAAAACAUCUAAAAUAAAAUAUUGAAAAUUUAAGGUAGACAUUGUGGACAGAGGUCUUAGAAUAACAACAGCCCUUGUCACACGGAGAACUAAAUAUAUCUGAAUGUUUCUUGUCAUGCUUCACGUGCGGAUCAGUGUUGCGUUGGUUGAAACACGAGUUACGGCAAUGUAUAGGUUUUUUCUUAAUUCCACUUCACUUUUAGAAAUAUGUAUGUUGACAUUAAACAUUAUGUUUUCUUAGAAGAG